AUGGGCAACAGUCAGGGCAAGCCCGUCGACAUGGACGGCGAAGGUACGCAGAUUCUCGCAAACCCCCCCUCCCCCUCAUUCUUUGCCACUGCAGAGAGGCUGACUUUGGUGCUCUCUUCCUGGUCGACAGUGAACCUCAACCACUUCCGUCUUCUUCGAGUCGUCGGUCGAGGCGCCUUCGGCAAGGUGCGCAUCGUCGAGAGGAAGGAUACGAACCUAUCAUUCGCGCUGAAAUACAUUCGGAAAGACGAAGUGCGGUUCUGGAUCGGGGAGCUCGGCUGCGCGUUACGCUACAUUCACGGCCAAGGCAUCAUACACCGAGACGUCAAGCCGGACAACGUCCUACUCGACGCAGAUGGUCAUGUGCAUUUGACGGACUUUAACGUUGCGUCUGAUGUCAUUCCUGGCAAGGUGCUGACAAGCAAGUCGGGCACGUUAGCCUACUUGGCACCAGAAGUCUAUGCUGGCAAAGGCUACGAUGUUCGCGCAGACUGGUGGUCCUUGGGCGUCUUGUUUUACGAGUGUAUUUACAACAAGCGACCUUUCGAUGGCAGCUCUGAGAGCACCCUCAGCAACCAGAUCCAGUCUGCGAGCCCCAAGUAUCCUAUCACAUCGCCGCCUGUCACUCUUCCGUGUUUAUACGCCAUCCGCGACGCUCUGGAGCUAAAUCCAGACAAACGACUAGGGUGUACCUGGGAGAGCUUUAUCAACCACGAGUUUUUCGCCGUGCUUAACUUUGAUCACUUGGAGCAGAAGCGAAUUGACCCCGUUUUCGUACCGGCCUCGGACAAGACAAAUUUCGAUGCGACUUAUGAUCUGGAGGAACUCUUGCUUGAAGAGGCACCUCUCGAAGCCCGAGCUCGCCGCCAAAAGCCACGAGAGCGUCUCAAGGAGGAUGCGUCAGACAAGGAGAUCAGAGAGGAUGAGUUGUAUCGCAUGAUCGAGUCCGACUUCAAGCCCUUCGACUACACCGUCGCGGCGUACAAGAAGUACGAGCUUGCUGUUCUUGCCGGCGCCGGCGCUGGUGCUGGUACUGGUGUAGGUGCUGGUACUGGUGCUGAUCUCAAUAGGAUGGCGGAGCAGGCUGCGAUGAACGGGUGCCUGAACGGCGACAUGAACCAGGCACAAGCACCUCAAGCCUUGACUACAGACGAAGCGACGCCAGCUGCGAUGGCGAAUAUCAAUGGCGGAGCCCAGCAGCAGCUAUACCAACCCGCCAUGCUACAAAAGACGCCAAGCCGUGAAAAUGGACAGGAAACCGUGCAAGGCGCCAGAAGUCGACCUGCUUCUGUGGUACCGCCACCAGCACCACCCAUUCCCCAGCAUUCUGGAGACUACGCGAACCAGAGAGCGGCACCGCCAACUGCAAAGAGGAUCACGAGCCCGGCGGGUGGCGUCCAGGUAACACUCGACGGUGGUGGUAGCUGGUCCGAUCUGGCCCGGCAGGACGCCACGCUUCCUACUGAUGCAAAUGCUGUCGGCGACAAGAUCGAAGGCUCAGGCGGCGUUUUUGGCUUCUUGAGUCGCAAGAAAGGCCGAGGCCACAGCCCGAAGCCCAAAGAGCGAGGUGUAUUGGGCAAGGAAGGUGCCCGUGUUGUCAUUGGCUAG